AUGAAUAGUGUUCAGGGCGCUAAAGGUGCAGUUUCCGACUCUUUGUCCUCUUUGUUGCUGCAACACGAAUACGCUAGAAAAGGUGCUGAAGUUGGGUUCCAUGACUGGGGUUUGCAAGGUGCCACUUUGAUUACAGAUAUAGAAAAGGUACUUGAAAGUGUGGGUAAAGGAGUGGAUUAUGAAGCUUUGACAAGAUACAUUUUCUCAAAGGGUGACACUGAGGUUAUGAAGUUCUUGCUGGAAAAUUUCACUGAUAUCCCAAAGAUUUCUUCAAGAGAUGAAUUGAUCUUAUUCUUUUUGUAUUUUGGGGUAAAUCAAGAUGAAUUACACAAUAUGUUAGUUGGUACUGUCAAGAAUUUAGCUGCUAUAUGUAAGUCGUUCAAUCAUGGUAGAACUAAUAGGCUUUUUGAGUGCUCAAUUGCAAAUUUACCAAUACUUCAAUCUGAUUGUGAUACGAAACAAUUGUGUGCAAUAAUAGAAGAUCAUCUACUUCAUCAAAGGUUUGAUCACACUGAAACUUAUAUUUAUAACACAGCGGUAAACAAAAAGAGAAAAGCUGAUGAAUUAAAUGAUCUAGGGGAUUGUGAUGAUGAAUGUUUUAGCUGUGAAACUGCUAUUGCUGAUCCAAAUGAUGUUGAAAUACUCGCAGAUUCUUAUGCCGGAUCUUUUUCUGAAGAAGUAUCUGAUUCUGAAUUGGAGCUAUAUCUGUGUAAAGAUACAACUUCACCGAGUGUUAUGAAUCUACCAUCUUGUCAGGGCGCUAAUAGCCUAAUGGAAACAGUACCUGUGCAUCAUUCAACUAAAAAGCAAAAAGUUGGAAAGGAAUAUUCAAGAACUAGACAUCUAUCAACCAUAUCGCCAGUGGAAUUUAACACUAAUUGCAUUACAUCAAAAGUUUUAACCAAAGAUUUACCUGGUUUAAAUAUUGAUAGUUUGGCUCCAAUAACAAAUAAUACUUCCCAAACUAGUAUCAAACCUUUUCAAUUCAUUUUGAGAAAUUUCAAAGGGGCUCUGAUUGUUUGUGAACAUGUAUCGAAUAGUGAAACAUUUACUAAAUUGUUCAAUCGCUCUAGAAAGAUAAUUGACCCAAAGAAAGAAAAACGUAUCUUGUUUAGAUUUAAAGACAAGAGGGUCUAUGGCUAUCAAACACCCGAGAUUAUUCAGGCAAGUAGAUCAGAUAAAAACUUUAUUGAUGUUGAAGUUCACAAUUGGCAAAGGAUAUCAAUUAGAUGGAUGGAGACUGGUCAUGAAAGUCGUUACAGGAUAGUUGGUCUGGAACCCUUGAAACAUAUUUUAAAAUCAAUUCUAUCAAAAAGCGGAAAUGAAUCGAAUGCAAAUAUUGAAGCUCUAAUUUUAAGUAUAGAUGGGAAAAAAUUGGAUGUGAAUAAGAAUUAUUUUGAAUUAGGUAUUGAUGAGACUGAUGUAAUUCAAGCUGUGUUUGGUUCUGGUAAUUCACUUAUUUAA